UUUAUAUAUACUAAGAUGGCGGAGUGUUCACUAUUCGCCUGACCUGAGUCAUGUCCUUUAUCUAUAGCUAAAGAUUUGGAAACAUACUUCCUAUAUGAACUAUAGGAUAUAGGUUUAAAUUGUAUGCAAUAUAAAGUGCUUAAGUGUUGAUAAUGUUAACAAGGCUGGGGGAAUCAAAUACAAAUUGUCUUGUGUGAGAAGGAUUUAUUUCAGAUCAAAACAACUUUGUUGUGGAGAAUAUGUUUUCUGACAUGACAGACCAACGUUCAAAACUCCUGCCAGACGAUUCACCAUGUUCGAACGAGUCUACUUUCCUGAGCAGAAUCGAAGGCAUCUCUCUCAUUGUGUCGGGUUCAAUCAUUGUGGUACUAAGUUUGCUGGAGCGAAGGUCAAUUAACACUCGAUGGCACGGCUGUGGACGAAGACCUGCACUUAUCUACCCAGUAAACAUGCUAGAUCACGGGUGUGACAAUUUCGGAUAUUCCAUGGCAUUUGGGGGCGUGGCCAGUCAUUGUUUCCGUCUAUUCUUCAACAGGGAAACGCUAGCAAAUGGACCGCCCUGGAGCCAAACCUUAUAUGUCAUGCUCUACGUCUUGAUCGUGGGUCUGAUGUUUUAUCCAAUGUUCGCGUGCCUGUCCACUAACUGGAGGUUCCUUGGAGCAACCAUGGGGCUGGGAUACUCAACCAUGUGGCUUUUCAUCAAUUUUUCCAUCGUUAUAAGAUGUCCAAAUGGAGACGGGAACCUGCCAGGGGAGACAAUUGCUACACAACUACCGGUGCUGAUAUGUCUGAUUGGUUUGUCCCUGCGGUUUCUGUUCAUUAUGGUAAACCACACUCGUAAGGCGAUACAAAGCCGUUCAGCGAACAGAUUCAUUGAACAUACUGAACGGGACCGCCUCGGAACUAAAUUCAACAUUCAGUAUGUGAAGGAUCUACUGCUGGCUCGAAGUCAUGUCUUCGACACAUACUCAUCCAUAUUGGAAGAACGACCAUCCUGGUCAAAAAAGAUAAGUGUCUUCCUGCGACGCCACUUCUACAUGAAUGACCCAACGUUCAAAUACUCACCGAAAAUCGUCUGCAUUUUUACCGUGGCCUUCAUUUGUUCUUACCAGUUUGGCAUCAUCAUUUUGCUGGCAUCCUAUCAGCUGCGGCAGUUAGGCAAACUUCUCAUUCCUGCAAACCAGACAGCAAAUGGAACUGACGAGGAAUCUAUCUACCAACUUAAGCUGUUCUUCACCACCACAAAUGUGUGCAUUAUCGCAGCGUUCAUCUUAUCAUCGGUAUUGACUAUCUUCUCGAUAUUUAAAAUCCUUACCAACUAUCGCACAAACAUUAAACUACUAUACAGAGGGAAGGCAACCCACCUUCCGUUUCAGAGAGGGGAUCGACACCCGAUUUUUCUCAUGUCCGACAGCAUUUCUUACUCUGGUUCGCAAAUUGCCUACUUGCUUUGGGGUUAUAUAGUUGUGUUUGCUGUCCUGUUUAUUACGUUAUUGGGAAUAGCAUACCUCCUACUUCUUCCAAUAUUUGGCUUCAUUUCGAGGGACGUUCUCAAAUAUUUCUGGAAUAUAAUACCCGGAUUUCUCAUACUUCAAGGCAUUUUGAUUGCCCAGAAAGUAUUUUGCCGGGGAUUGCUUCAGCGGAGACCAACCACAGACCCUGGUGAUAACAUUGUCACCUCCGUAACCCUGGCUCUGGAUAACAGGAAAGUGUACCACAACAUCUCAUAUUUCCUCUUCUUCUUCUACAUCGUCCUUGGAGUGUUUGGAUGUUUCUUGACCAUUAUCAAAGGCGUUAUUCUAGGCGUUAUCUAUCUAGCCAGGCUGGAUAGGUGUGGUCUUGUCAGUGGGUUCGAGACCUGGGAUACAGGAUACAUGUACUACGUCAGUUUUCUCCAUUUUGAAGAGUGCCAUCGACAUCCGGUGUUACUCGUGUUUUGUGACAUAUUGUUUGACGCACAUUCUUCUAGAAAAGACACAAAGUUACACCGAUAUGGUGCAUGUGAUUCUCGGACAGGGUCUACUGCAGAUUUAGAAGAACAGAACACUGGGUCUUCUCGAGGAGGGGAAAUUAUUUCUACUACCAAAACACGCGUUAAAAACAGGUGGUUAAAAGCUUACACUCUUCUACGUAAUCCGUCCAUUCAAACUAAACCUCUUGAAGAAGAUUAUGACACACUAGAAGAGCUGGGAAAAUGUGACAGUGAUAGUGGCACGUUACUUUUAUGAUCUGUUUAAGUUUGUUUUAUGGUUAAAUUUCGCAACUACAGUCGAAUUCCGUUGGAUCGAACUCACAAGGACCGGCGAAAAUACAUCGAGUCACGAAAAUUCGAGCUAAUCGGGAAUGUUUACCUUCAUUAUAAUAAAUCGGUUCUUAACUUCUAGUUCGAUCCGAAGAGGAAUUCGAGCCAAACGAGUUUGACCAACGGUGUUCGCCUGUUUUGAUAAAUUAUUGGGAAAAGAGUGAGUUGGAUUACUCGUGAACUAGUCAAAGCGCCCAAUGUAUACCCUAGUGUUUUAUUGACCGUUUUUAGGCGGUAACCCAAUAUUUGUUACCUUACAACCGGGUCAUGUUUUUUAUUAUGAUUAUUGUUUUUGACGUUUUUGUUUGUCUCCAUAUGAUUUGAGACACUUUUGUGAAUAACUUUAAAAUAAUGCCUUGUGCAUAUAUGUGAUCAAACCAAUGAUCACUCGCUCUGCAGGCGGACGCUCUAAUUCGUAGCAUAAAGCGAUAAAUCCUUAAAUCAUAUCGAGACAGUUUUAUCGCCGCCAUAAAUCAAAUACCCAGUUAAACACACAUAUUUUCGUUUUGUAAUACGACUUCCAGAUUACGUGACCUUAUUGUACUUAGUGAAUCGUUUGUUGCGCGCCAAUUGUGCCAAAAUACAUAAAUAUGCUCUGUGCAUCUGUACUAGUAAUUUGUACCCGUUAACACUUCGUUGAUAAUUGUUUGGAUAAGUGUGAAGCCGAGUAUCGAAACCCUAGUUUAAACCCAUAUGCUGAGCGUUCGAAGCCAGCCGGUAACUCAAAGGUUUAUGAAGACACACAAUUUGUGUUGAUGCAGUCUGUCUUUAUUGUGUAUAUUGUAAAUCUCUUGUUCAGUAAAGCCUGAGACCCAUUCUGAACACAUCGGACAUUUUCCAUCGAAAACAACCUCGGGGGUAUAUGGACUUUUUGCAAUGUCAAUAAUAUUUACAUUUAACUACGCUACAAUAAGAUGGCGUAGUAAUUUCAAUUUAGCAAUUAUACUUAAUGACUUUACUCUUGGAAAUCUUAAUCAUUUAUGCAAUAAUUGACUUCACUGACAAUCAUAUAAACUUGGUAAUACAAAAUACACGUACAAGCACCAAAUCUAAUGAACACAUUAUUUAAAAUGUUACGGACAACUUCUACUGAAUUACCUGCAUACAUCCGAGAUUGAUUUCCAUGGAAAAUAGCCGAGGAGUUCCGAACGGCAUUAACCUUGUGCCUGGUGAAUUGUUUAGCUACUGCGUUUGUUCCUCUUGUUUCCAUGACAGUUAGUGUAUUGGGUUUGUUUGAUGGCAUUUAUGUAAAAUAUAUGUAAAUAAAUCAUCUGUACACUGCCCUGUAAAACGGCCAGAUAAAAACACAAAAGAG